GCUGCUCAUCUCCUCUCAUCUGGUUCCUCCUCACCUCACUUCUUCGCUGCCUCUGUCGCCCAAGUCCCGAAGUCCCCCCCGACCGACACCCAGACUGAAGCUGGUCAGGUUGCCUCGACACGAACAGGCAUACAUCCCGAGCCAAUUGCGUGCACGGAUUCCUCGAUCGUCCCACGAUUUCCGCACAUUUCACUCUCGCGUCUCUCGGCCAUUCUUUCUCUCUGCUCUCUGCUCUCUAGUCUGCUCUCUCUGGUCUCUGGUCCAGCCAUCUCUAACUGUGCCCCUGGUCGCACUUCGUCCCCCAGGCGGAAUUCUAACCUUGCCUGACACCGACCAGCGUUGCUCCGUUGAAGGGAGAUAUUCUAUUCUUCACUACAAAGGAGCCGUUUCCUCCCUUAUCGCGCUUAACUCGCGAGCCAGUCUCCUCUCGCUCUCGCGCUCUUGACUGAGCCAGUCUCCCCUCGCUCUCGCGCUCUUGACUGAGCCAGUCUCCUCUCGCUCUCCCGAGACGUCCCUAAUUUCCGCCGAGUGCAUGCCGUUUGUCCCUAACGCGCGACCCACGCAUCGAAAGCGGCGGCUCGCAGGAGAUUAUAAGAAUGCCAGGCAUCUUUAACAUCUGGCCCGCGCACGGGCCUGCCGCUACUAGCCGCGGUAACUUCCGCACGGCUCCCGCCGCAUCUUCCGCCGCAUCUGCCGCGGGGAAUUUCUUCAGCAAGCAGGAGUACCUCUCCUUCGCCGUUGACCACGUCGCGACAAAACCCGCUGACCUGCUGCUGACAGCGGAGCUCUCCGCCAUCGCCGGCGCGAUUCCCGCUCCGGUCCUGCCGCCGCAUCAGCAGCACGCGUCGCCCGCUGUGAAAUCGCUUCUGUUCAACCAGUCGUCGGUCUCGCCGCAUAAUCCGCCGCGACUUCCGUUCGCUGGGAUUGGCGCGCUGCAGCAAAUCCUUCGUACCGCCGCGACUGACGUCGGAAAUAUCGGCGAACGGAGCGGCUGCGGCGUCACCGGGAGCCUCUUCGCGGCGCAGACUCCCGCAGUCGGCGGGCCGGCAGCGGAACGGCCGGCGGAACGAACGGCGGCGGCGGAGAGCGCGGCGGCAACUGCGGCGGCGACCGCGGCGGCGACCGCGGCGAACAGCGGGAGCAGCCGGGGCCUGCAUUUAAUUCACGGGCCAUGCCCGACGGGCAGCCAUGGGAAGACCGCCGCAAGUCACGGCGCCAAGGGCGGCGGCAGCUACGACAGCAACAGUUCCGGUAGCGCGCACGACCCGUCGUCCGUGUGUUUGGCGGAAAUGGUUUCCGAUUUUAUGGAGAUGGAGCCGGAUAGCCACACCCUCGAUCAUCGCCUCCUUGACGCGUUUCACAGUAACGAGGAUGACUACAGCGCGGACGGUUACUCCGCGGGCGGAGGCCUGCGCCUCGUUCAGGAGGCACGCGGAAGCGGAGGCGCUCCUGCGUCAGGCGCAAUCCCGACCUAUGCGCGGAUGGCGGAGCAGGAGGCGCAAGCUCCGCGGAUGGGGGAGGGCGGCGGGUGGUGCGGACUGGGGGAUGUCUCGAGUCUCAUUGAGUCCCUCAGCACCUGCUCUUCCGCGGACGAGUGCCAGCUGUUCGCUGACGUCAUCGCCGCCCUGAAAGCAGCCAAGAAGGAAGCUUCCGCUUCAAACGCUGCCACUGCUGGCGGUGCUGGCAAUGGCAGCAAUGGUGCCAGUGGCAGUAUUGGUGCCAGCAGUUGCAACAACGGCAAUCUGCGGCGGGCGGUGAUGUCGGCACUUCGCACCCGUGGCUACGACGCAGCAGUGUGCAAGGCGCGGUGGGAGCACUCCAAGGGGCUCCCCGGGGGCAGCUACGAGUACAUCGAUGUCAUCCUUCCAGGCCAAAGCAGCAGCAGCAGCAGCAACAGCAGCAGCAUGGCCAACACCACCACCACCAACUGCACCGGUGCCAGCAGGCUCAGCAGGGCUUCUGCAUCUGCUUCUGCUGCUGCCGCUGGUGCCUCUGCCGCUGCCUCCCCAUCCGCUUCCCCCUUCUCCCCCUCCGACCGCCUCAUCAUCGACAUUGAAUUCCGCGCCCAGUUCCAGAUCGCCCGUCCCACCUUCGCCUUCGACGCCGUGGUCCACUCGGCGCCCAUCAUCUUCGUCGGGCGGUUGAACCGGCUGUUAAAGAUAACCGACGUGCUCGCGGACGCCACCCGGCAGUCGCUGCGAGAGCAGGGGCUGCACCUGCCUCCUUGGAGGAGGGUCGAGUAUCUCCGGACCAAGUGGGCUGGCCCGUACCGGAGGACGACAAACCAGAUCCCGAGGUCCGUCAGCAGCACUCAGCUGGCUGGGGAUGCUGCUAUGGGUGCCGCCGGUUCUGGUUGUGCUGGCGUGCCUGCUGCUGUGCCUGCUUUUCCGUUUCUUCCUGCCUCACAUGCAUCGCAGCAUUCGCAUGCGUCACAGCAUUCGCAUGUGUCACAGCAGCAGCAAGCGCCCUUCACCCGACCAGCCCCUCCGGCGCCCGCGGCGGCUCGACCAAUCUUCUCGUCUAACCACUCGCAACUCCCAGUGCGAGACACCGCGGUGCUUGCUCCUGCUCCUGGGGCUGCUGCGCCUGGCGCUGCUGCAUAUGCUGCGCCCGGUAACCCAUAUGCGGUAACCAGACAGACUGCAACGAGGGAGCUCUGUGCACAGCCAGCGAGUCAGAUUGCAGAGAGGACAAACGCGGUUGCCAGCACGGUUACUGGGUUCGGCCGCGCUGCAGUGGCGGGAGGUCCUUUGACUGCAGUGCCAGAGCAAGGGCGCGUAGUGGUUAUGCGUAGUGGCGUGAGUCACGUGAGCCAGAUAGGGUUUGAGAUGAGAAGAUUGGCAGAGGAGAGAGCAUUCAGGCAGCACGGUUACUGCUGAUGAUGCUGGUUACCAGUGGCUGCUGCUGGAAGAAUACUGGUUACUUGAUACCAGUGGCAGCUGCUGAGAGUGUACUGGUUAUACUGGUUAAGUGACAGCUCUGCUGCUCCACUUCCCCUGGUGCUGCUAAGCACCCAGUUUUCCACUUGAGAUGCCUCAAGACCCCGGUGCUGCAGGCAGCAGCGGACACACUAUUUUGUGGCGGUUAUUUUUCCCAGAUUAACACUGGUCACAUCGCCUUCUUUGGUGGUCCGGUUGGUGCCACUGCCAAGGCACAAGUCAUCCUAUCCAGCUUUUGUGGAGGAUGCAAUUUUGUCCGUUUGGUGCCACUGCCAAGGCACAGGUCAUCCUAUCCAGCUUUUGUGGAGGGUGCAAUUUUGGCCGAGUUCAGGGUUUCCGUGGGAGGUUUUCCCCGCUUUUGGUGUGUUCCCUUGUGUGCCCUUGUGUGUGCAUAUGUGAUUUGCGUUUUUUGCUAGAUGGCUCAUGUGGCUUGCAAGUGGGCGACAUGACCGAUGUUCUUUUCCUGUAAAUGAAAUGUGAGUCUUCAUCACAAGGCUUUGGUGCACUAUCGGGAUAUUCUCCAUUUAUGCU